AUGCUUGCAUUGCUUGAAGAAACCAUACUUCAAUCUAAUCUAUCUCCGAGCACACACCCCCUAGCAAAUCCAAACCGCCCUCUUAAGCACAUACCCAUUCUCCGCCUCCCCACCCUCCCACCCCGCAUUCCAAUACCUCUGAUCCCCGUUCCAAUUCUGCUGCCACCCACUCAUACUAACCCAAUAAUCAUCAUCGAUAUAAUUCUGCAUAAAAUCACUCUCUGUCGCAUGCACGGUGACCGGACCUACCAAUUCAUUGGUAGACAUCGUAUACGUCCCGUCGCUCAGAGCAGACCAAGAGGCCUCAGAGUCCAUGGCCUAGAUGUCGCAGGAGUUGUCGAAGAGGUAGACCCAUGCGAGCUGGUUGGUCGGGUACCCGACUACGGUGGUGGUGCAGAGGUUUGCGCCGGUGGUGGGGAGGCAGAUGGGAGUCGCGAGGCCGAGGUCGUAGUAAGGGACCGGGGCCGUUCCGGAGACUUGGCGGGUGUGGAGGGUUGUGUUUUUGGGGGCGGGUAUGGCUUUUGUGGGGAGAGCGAGCGUGGUUGUUGCUGCUGCUAGGGAGAGUGCGAGGUAAGUGAAGAAGUUUUGCAUUUUGAAUGUUGAUAAAGAGAGUUGUGUUUGAGUUUUGUUGUAUAAUGAUUGUGUUUGUAAGUGAAGACUUAAAGUGUAAUAUGUUGCCAGCAACGUGUGUGGUUGAAUGAUAUUUUUUGUGUUGAUUUUUUUUU